AUGAUGCUUUAUUUGGGCUGGAUAUUUCUUUGGCUUGUCGCACAAGGGAGAAUUAGAGGAUUGAAUACUCCAGAUUGCUUCACUGAAAAGCCGCUUAGAACAUACUCUGCAAGGUGUGGAGAGGAGUUUGUCUUGUUUUGUGAUUUGCCAGAGCCACAGAAAUCCCACUUCUACCACGGAAGUCAACUCUCACCCACCCGAGGUUCUGAAUACCUGCCCUGUAGUGGCAGUGAGAACCUAUCUGAUGUCCAGUGGUACCUACAGCCUCAGAAUGGAGACCCAGCAGUAGAAAUCACUCAGAAUGCUCCUCAGGUCAUCCAGGAGAAGAGCACCCUUCAUUUUCUGACCACAGGGAUAAAUCAUGCCGGGUUAUAUAUUUGUAGACCUAGGAUGAGGAGCCCCCAAGAGAAUGCCUGCUGUGUCCGGAUGAUCUUAGAAGUUAAGCCCCAAACAAAUAUGUCCUGUGAGAGUGCCAUCUCACAUGAGCAACACCUUCUUCUUGGUAGCAUGAGCUCCAUUUACUGCCCAGGUCUCAGCCACCAAAGUGAUGCACAGAGUCCAGAGGUGACCUGGUACCAGAAUGGAAAACUUCUUUGUGAAGAGAGGAGCAACCCAAUUGAAGUGGAUGAAGUUUAUGACUAUCAUCAGGGCACGUACGUGUGUGAUUACACUCAGACAGAUAAUUCAAGUUCAUGGACAGUAAGAGCUGUUGUUCAAGUGAAAACCAUUGUGAAAAACACUAAUCUCAAGCCAGAUAUUCUGGAUCCCAUCAAGGACACCUUGGAAGUAGAACUUGGAAAGCCUUUAACUCUUAACUGCACGGCACGAUUUGGCUUCGAAAUAAACUUUAAUCCUGUGAUAAAAUGGUACGUCAGAGAGUCUGACCAGGAGUGGGAAAUCGAAACACCCAAGGGACGAAGUGUUAAAUCCACCUUAAAGGAUGAAGUCAUAGAACGUGUUGUCCUCUUGGAAAAAGUUACUGAGAGUGAUCUUCACAAGAAGUUCAUUUGCUUUGCCCAGAACUCCAUUGGGAACACUACUCAGUCCAUCCAGCUAAAAAAGAAGACAGGAGUGGUGUUCCUCUACGUCCUCCUGGGCACAGUCACGGGCCUGGCAGGCCUGCUGACCAUGGGCGCGCUGUUCUACAUGUACUGGAUUGAAAUAGUGCUGCUGUACCGAACCUACCAGAGCAAGGACGAGACGCUCGGGGACCAAAAGGAGUUCGACGCCUUUGUAUCCUAUGCGAAAUGGAGCCCCUUUGAGAGCAAGGCCUCUUCAUCUCUGAGUGAGGAAACCUUGGCCCUGAAUCUUCUCCCUGAUGUUUUGGAAAACAAAUAUGAAUAUACCCUGUGCCUGCUUGAAAGGGACGUGGCCCCUGGGGGAGUGUACACAGAGGACAUUGUCAGCGUUAUUAAGAAAAGCAGGAGGGGAAUCUUCAUCUUGAGCCCCAACUAUGUCAGUGGACCCAGCAUCUUUGAACUACAAGCAGCAGUGAAUCUGGCUUUGGAGGAUCAAACACUCAAACUGAUUUUAAUUAAGUUCUCUUCCUUCCAAGAGCCAGAGUCCCUACCUCAUCUAGUGAGAAGAGCUCUCAGGGUUUUGCCUACCGUCACCUGGAAAGGCUUAAAAUCAGUUCCUCCUAACUCUAGAUUCUGGACCCAAAUACGCUACCACAUGCCUGUGAAAAGCUCCAGGGGAGUCACGUGGAACCAUCUGAGAAUUACGCCAUGGAUUUUUUCUCUGCAAAAGACGCAGUAA